UCAGGAAUUUUAGAGAUCAAUAAGGUUGCCGGCUUGCCCAUCAUGACCAAGCACCAAGCAAUAUCGAUUGAAGAAAUUGAAGUCAUUAAGCAGGAAAGAAGUUGCGUUGUAAAAGAGUGCAAGAACAGAAACUGCAAUAGCGGCAUUGGUAGCAGAAACAGUCUCAGACCAAAAUAUUGUAAUGACCAAUGGCGCCACGACCGCACAGCCAUGCGUUACUGAUGCUGAAAAUGUAUGAUAAUGGUUUGAAUAUUUAAUAAUUUCUGCAAUAACUAAAAUCUUUGUAGUUAACAUUGACGGAGCACAGGGAGUUUUAGGUCAGAAUAUGAAUAGUGCGCAGCAAGCACGCGUACAGCAAGCAAUAGAUCUGUAUUUUGCAACAGUUGAAAAUUAAUGUACGCUUCCUUAUCUCCUACACUAUCACAGGGGUCAAACGCAGGGUAAUUGCCAGUAUUCUAAAUAUGUCUUUCCCAGAGUUCAAAUAAUAUACGCGUAUAUACGAAGCAGCAGAGAUUUAUGAAGAUGUAGAAAUAUUAAAGCGGUGCUAUGAGCACACAAUAAAAUCCCCUCAAGUAUGGCCCAUUAAUCUUUAUAUGCGUCUAUCAGAUGUCUUUCAGUACCAUAAAUCAAAGGACGUUGCACUGCCUCAAAUCGGUUUACAGUAUAUUUCACCGAAAUUAAUCCAUUGGCGAAAUUUAAUUUCGACAACAAAUUAUGACCAUAUAGUCAUUUGGGACUACUAUCGCAGUACUGGUAUAUUUUAACUAAAGUAAUGAGAUGCAUAACGAACGAGCAAAGCACGCCGCCAGAAAAUAAUGAAAGUUCUAUUUUUGAAAAAUCAGUUGGGUUGCACGCCGUAGAGCAGGUACAGGAAACCAGCACAACUAAUGUAACUACCGAAGUUGUAAGCAGAGGUGAUGAACUAGCUGUGGCUUCGGAUUGCAAGAUGCCUAGAACUUUUGCGACAGGAAUUCAAACCUCACAGAGACUUCUUGGAGAACAUUUAAAUUUCGGAUUGCAAGCAACUACCCGCAACGAGCCAGUAAACUUUGAAAAUCGUAAGUUUCAAAUUCAUAUUUAUCCAUCAUUCUAA